AUGAUUUUUGAUAUCUCAACGCCGGAGGACUGCCUAGUGAUUUGCGGCAAAUGGCGUUUCAGAGAAGACGAGACUUGGGAUUUUGUGAUCGACAAGUACCGUAUGUCAAGGAUUGUUGUUCUGAAACUUGGUAUUAAGCUGUCUGAGUUUUCAGACAGUGUUGUGACUGAGUUUGGUUUGUCUGAGGACGAGCAUAUCACGAGUCUUAGUUAUUGGCCUGUGAACAGUGGGUCAUUCGUAACCGGUGUUAAAACGCCGCCGGUGUUGCUCACAAGCAAUGGUGCCCUUGAUUUCUUUGUUAGUCAGUUGAGGGUGAACAAAUCUCUUACUUUGUUUGUGAAGUUUCACUCAUCUGCUAAACGAAGUUCUGAUGGGGCAUCUCAAUCAAGUAGUGGAUUUUCAACUCCUGGUACAGAGACAAAACGGCAACGCGUCUUUACUACCCCUUGUUUGAGCAACAAAUCCAACACCAAAGUCCCCUCAAACGAUUUGUCGGACCUAAUAGCGGAAGCGGAACUUGCCGAAGCUCUCUAUUCUGUGGCCAAGGGAAAGAAACCUGAUAUUGAAUCUGAAUCUGAUGAAGAAGAAUCAAAAGUUGGAGGCGAAGGCUUUCCUGCAUUUGACUUAGGCAUUGAUACCCCUGAUUAUGAUGAGAAUGAUACCAGGCCUCGGGGAGGGAGUGGAUAA